UCUUUGCGCGCAUAACAAUAGCAACAUUGCAGAUGACAGUCAUAAACUAGUAGACAUUACGUCCUAUUUGAGAUUUUCGUGUCUUAUAUAUUUUGCGGAUUUAUUGAAGUUGAAAUUUAUAAUAAAUUCAGUUACUACAAGCAAAAUGAUUAAUUAUCGUCAAUUCAAUAUUCAAUCGUAUAUAUAAGAAUAAAAAAAUAACCCGAUGCUGAAAUAUUUUUGUGGAUAAUCAAUAAAUAUGGAUAUGGCUGAUAACCAUAGUAAUGAUGGACGAGCUGUGAUUAAUUUCUUGAAAAACAAUGUAUACAAAUUAGAAAAUGCUACUUUAGAGGCUGAAAUGAAAAAAGAUUUUUUAUUUGCUAAAAAAAAGAGUAAAGACACUAAAAAGAAACAAAGCAAGAAGAAAUCUCAAACGUUAACCAGAAAGGAGAAAAAGGCAAUGGGUUUUUAUAAUAUUCCAAGGAAUGGUGUAAGAUACAAUGAUGUAUUACCAAUGAAUGAUAUAUGGGAGGGUUAUAUAAGUGAAUUGCUUGAAUUAGAUAAACCAGUGCCAGAAUGCAAUAGCAAAUGCUGGGAACAUUUUGCACAGACUCUAUAUCGAGCAGACUUUCAUGGUAGCCUUCUAGAAGUUAUAAGAUCAAAAUGCCCGAGUUAUGUGGGAAAAAAAGGUAUCUGCAUUAUGGAUACAAGGAAUACAUUCAAAAUAGUUUCAAUAAAUAAUGUAGUAACAACAAUACCUAAACGUGAAUGUGUUUUUGAUAUGUACAUCAAUGAUAUGGUAAUAACAUUUUUUGGAAAACAUUUAUGUAUAAGACCUGCUGAACGGUCUACUAAAAAAAUUAAAUGUGUUAUGCAUCCUGAUCUGUAAUACAGUAAAUAUGUUAAAUAAUCAUUUUAAUGUUACAAAAAGAUGAACUAAGUUUCAAGAGAUAACCUUAAUAAAAGCAAGUAUAUUCACCUUCAUUCAGUGUUCUAGUUACCAAAAAAUUGCCAUACAAUUCAAGACUUACUCUUCCCCUUCUAAAUUUACAACUGUGGUGUUAUUAAUCUUAUGAUCAUGUUACUUAUUGUAGUGUAAUCUACAGCAUAAUCUAGAUAAGGGAAAGUCCAAGGAACUGUAAUACUUUUCUCACUAUUAGAGGUUUUCAUCUAACCAAAGUUUGUUGCUUAUGGAGUUGUCUGUAGGAACUGGACAGUGACAAUCUCUCUUAAAGAGUUUUCUAUUUUAAUCAGGUUUGACUAGUCUGUCGUUGACGUAAUAUAUUUAGAUUAACAUUGGUGGAUUCAGCACAAAGGGGUCUGAGAGACUUGUACCCUUUGCAAAAUCAUCAUAAUUCUCUCACAAAUUUGAAAGAGUUGAUACAAGUUUCAGAUCACCCUUAACUUAAGGUAGGCUCCGAGCCCCUCGGUGGGGACGUAUAGUGAGCUGAUGAUGAUGAUGAUACAAGUUUAAGGUGUGGAAUUUUUUUACUCUAUCAUUUCCAAGAUCUACCUUCAGAGUUUAUAAACCUCGUUCUCAUACAAUUAUAAAACAACAGAGUACAAAUAAUAUAUGCAAUAUAUAUUUGAAAUACAAAAUAAACAGGACUAAAAAGAUAUAACGGAAGGUAAUGCAAAUAAUUGAGGAACAACAACUGCUGUUUGAACAAUAACCUAGAACACAGUUUACAUCGCAUGGGCAACAGAUAAUAAAUUUAAGAAAAAUGAAAUUAAAUAAAUGGUCUACAAAUAAUAAUCAUUGUAAUAAUUAAAAAAAUUAUAUAAAUCUAUGAAUUUGUAGAAAAGAAUGUCGCCUACUUAAUAAAAACGCCUACAUAUUUAAAAAUGUCUUA